GGACUUUGGACACGCCGAGUUGAAGUAUUUUCUCCAUCAUCAUCAUCAUCAGUUUCUAUCAUUUUCGCAUAUACUCUACUCGAGCUUUAGAUAUAAUACUAAUAUCGACAAAUAACUUACCGACGAAAUCAUGGUUUCAAUUCGCAAUCUCGCGUUUGCUGCUUCGAGCAUUCUUUCCUUGGUCUCGGCUGCUCCAACUAUUGAGUCGAGACAGGAUGCUUGGACUCCGGGUACUUUGAACAAUACUCGAGAAUUCUAUCUCCAUAUGACUGUUACGGAUGGAGAUCGCACACACAAUGGAUGGGUUUGUAAGUCACAUUCACAGUCGCAGUCACUGGAUCUUCCCCUCAGCACUUUUUUCCACUUCCCACUUCCCACAUCCCUCUACCAAAACCAAAACCAAACCAUCCACUCAUCCACCCAUCUAUAAAACCCAACUAAUGCCCACCCCAGUAGAAGCCUACCACACCGGCGCCGGCAUGGCCGACCCCGUCUUCGUGGACCCCACUAAAUCCACCGGCUCCCGUAUGUACUUCAACUCCUCGCAACUCCAAUUCGACGUAAACGCGUACCCAUUUAGCAUCAACGCCUUUCCCUCUGAUACCAACUACGCACGCUGGGAACCGGUUACUAUUACUGCAGGCUACGGAAGCGGCAAGUUUGUCAAUGAGGGAAGUGCAGGGUUUCAGGUUGAUGAGGAGGAGGCGGAUGGUUGGGUGGUUUGUGAGUGGAGUCAUGGGUUGAAUGCGCCGCAGCUUUUUCAGAUGAUUAAGUAUUUUGAUGCGCCGGAUCCGUAUGUGGUUCCUAGUAGUUGUGCGAGGGUUUUGUUGUUUCCGGUUUGGAUUUAGGGGGUGAGUGGGGAGAGGGGAUUUGGAGGUGUGUUGGUGGAUGGAUGGGUGCUACGGGUAGGGGUGGUUG